UAUAUUUAUAUAAAAACAAAAAAUUGGCUACUUAGUCAUGGCUGCUGCAUCAUUGAUUUAGAUUGGUCUUUUCUGCCUAUCCUAUUUGAAUGUUCCUUCCUGUCCAUUUCUCUACUUCAAUUCCACAUUUUUGUUAGAGGCAAAAUAGUGCUAUUCUGCUGUUGUCUUUUCCCUCUCAGUAUGGAAGUAAAUAACACAAACCAAUUAGAGGAAUCCACUGAUCUCACUUCAGAUAGAAAAGCUGAAGUUAAAGCUUUUGAUGAUUCAAAAAUAGGUGUCAAAGGUUUGGUGGAGUCUGGGGUUUCAAAGAUCCCGCGCAUUUUUCAUACCGGAAAAUUAGACAUCGGUGAAAACUCUAGUGACUCCAAUUUGACUGUUCCCAUCGUAGACUUCCAAGACAUACACAUCAAUCCGGCUUCGCGUAUAGAGGUAAUUGACCAAAUUAGAAGUGCUUGCCAUGAUUGGGGAUUUUUUCAGGUGAUUAAUCAUGGAAUUCCCAUCACUGUCUUGGAUGAAAUGAUUGAUGGAAUCCGUAGGUUUCACGAACAAGAUGCUGAUGUGAGAAAAGAGUUUUAUACUCGAGACAUCAAGAAAAAAGUUGCGUAUUUCUCCAAUAGAACCUUGUUUAGUGGCCAAGCUGCUAAUUGGAGAGAUACAUUUGGUUUUGCUGUUGCUCCUGAUCCUUUCAAAUCAGAAGAUUUACCACCAAUAUGCAGAGAUAUUGUGAUUGAAUAUUCUCAGAAAAUAAGAGAUUUGGGUUUCGAAAUCUUUGAGUUACUGUCAGAGGCACUAGGACUUGAUCCUUCUUACCUCAAGGACUUGCAUUGUGCUGAAGGACUCUUUAUUUUAGGUCAUUACUAUCCACCAUGUCCCGAACCUGAAUUAACUCUGGGCGCUUCGAAGCAUACUGAUACUGACUUCAUCACAUUACUUCUACAAGACCAACUUGGUGGUCUUCAAGUUCUUCACGAGGGUAAAUGGGUCAACGUUCCUCCGAUACAUGGAGCUCUUGUUGUAAACAUUGGAGAUCUUUUACAGCUUAUCACAAAUGACAGGUUUGUUAGUGUUUUCCACCGAGUCUUACCACAAAACAUAGGCUCAAGAAUUUCUCUUGCAAGCUUCUUUGUGAACUCUUAUGAACCAAUUCAAGGAGCAUCGAAGAUUUAUGGUCCUAUUAAGGAAUUGCUUUCGGAAGAAAAUCCACCGAUCUACAAAGACACUACUAUUAAAGAUUUCUUGGCACAUUAUUUCGCAAAAGGCCUUGAUGGGACUUCUUCGUUGGAGUCAUUUAAGUUGUGAAUUCAAAUAUGAAAGGCCAUGAUGUAUCUCUAUACAACUAGUAACUUUUUUGGUGUAAUUAGUUGUAAGGCAAUAUAAACUAAAUAAAUUGUUAGAUGAAUGUUAGCAGCUUUGACAGACUGAAAGAAAUCAUUCAUAGAUUAGGAAUGGCAAGAAGAAUGCAAUGCAAAUGUUAGCUUUUGAUUGA